AUGGCUGGUGGUGGCGAUUUUGUUGACAUGUCCACUAGCAGUGUCAUUACGAGCGAUGCCAUGCUCGACAGCAUUCUACAGAAUGGAGAGGAGGAUCCAGGCAACCAAGAUGGGCGGGAAAGGAGUGAGGAGAAGCUGCAACGGGUCACGUUGUCAUAUACCCCAACUUAUCAACGCUUCCGCGCCAAGGCCCGCACAUUCACUCAGCAGUAUUCUCACAUGUACACUAAUCGUUUACGUCUGAUGCGACCAAUGCUGGAAGCAGCGGCCACGGCGAAAUGGGGAACGGGGGCUCCAGACGGGAAGGAGGGGGAGGAUGCACCUACCUUGUGCCAAAAAAUCAUCGACUUGGUGGACGGCGCGCGGACAUCAAUGGUAAUCGGAACAAUUUUCAAAGACAUGCCGCUUCGACCCAGCUUACUGGAUGAGUACAGGGACGAGGCUGCAUUACAAGCCCGCCCCUGGACCCGAUACGAACUAUACUUCCAGUGA